AUGGCUGUGAGAUUUGUAUCAAGUUUCACUUUCCUGCUUUUGCUUACUAUCAGACUAGCAUUUUCAGCUUCCAUAACCAAAUCUAAAUGUCCGGACCUAUGUGGAAACGUUAGUAUACCCUACCCUUUUGGAAUUGGAGCCGAUUGUUUCUUGAAUCCAUGGUUUGAAGUCUCUUGCAAUGAGACUUCAAGCCCUCCUAUUAUUUCGUUGACAAGCAUAAACAUGGAGGUCUUGGAUUUCCGUUUGGAUCGCUAUGAAUACGUUCGUGUCAAGAGUCCAAUAAUUUCAAAGAAUUGUUCUGAUAGGGAAACUAGCAGAGGGGUAAAUAUCACAGGCAGUCCUUUCUUCUUUUCAGGGAGCAUGAACAAAUUCAUAGCUGCAGGAUGCAACAACAAAGCCUUCAUGACAGGGACUGAGCCUACGAUUGUUGGCUGUGAAUCAGCUUGUAUUGACAACAGACUUUUUGGUCCGAAUAAUACUUGCAAUGGUGAAACAUGCUGUGAGACUGUGAUACCGUCGCGUCUCCGUGUAUUUAAUGCUAGAUUUGAGAGCAAAGAAUCACAGUCAGAAGGGUGCAAGUUAGCCUUCCUGGUGGAAGAAAAAUGGUUCGACGUCAAUAUAACAGAUAAGUCCUCUGCUUUACAGAAUAUGGACUAUGUUCCAGCUCUACUUGAUUGGGCAAUUCCCGAUGAGGCUUUAGGACUACCGAAGAAACGUGGAAGAGAAUAUUAUUGUACCGGCUAUUAUUCUAUGGAUUUAGAGCCUUAUUUCCUUAACUCAAGUCGAUGUUAUUGUCAAUAUGGCUAUGAAGGAAACGCUUAUCUUCUAAAUGGAUGCCAAGAUAUUGAUGAAUGCCAGGACGACCCUCAAAACAGAUGUGGGGAUGCGACUUGUGUCAACAUACCAGGGCAUUAUCAAUGUGAAAGAAGAAAAACCUGGGUUAUUAUUUUAGGCAUAAGCUUAGGCUUUGGAGUAUUGUGUUUAGCCAUUGGUGGAUGGUGGUUGUACAAAUAUUUAAAGAAGAGAAGGAAUAUCAAGCUCAGGGAAAAGUUUUUUAAACGCAAUGGUGGCUUAUUGUUACAACAACAAGUUUCUUCAAGCGAAGGCAGUAUAGAUAAAACCAAGAUAUUUACUUCCAAGGAGUUGGAUAAGGCAACUGAUAAUUUCAACAAGAACAGAGUACUCGGCCGGGGUGGUCAAGGCACUGUUUACAAAGGAAUGCUGGUUGAUGGAAGAAUCGUUGCGGUUAAAAAAUCCAUAGUUGUGGAUGCAGAGAAAGUUGAAGAGUUCAUCAACGAAGUUGUCAUCCUUUCUCAAAUCAAUCAUAGAAAUGUCGUUAAACUAUUAGGAUGUUGUUUGGAGACUGCAGUUCCAUUACUGGUUUAUGAAUUCAUACCGAAUGGGACACUUUUCCAGUAUCUUCACGAUCAAAGUGAGGAAUUCCCAUUAUCAUGGGAAACACGAUUGAGAAUUGCCAAGGAAAUUGCAGAAGCUCUUUCCUAUUUGCACUCUGCCGCCUCCAUUCCAAUUUAUCAUCGAGACAUUAAGUCUUCAAACAUUUUGUUAGAUGAAAAGUACAGGGCAAAAGUUUCAGAUUUCGGGACAUCAAGAUCAAUUUCCAUUGAUCAAACUCACUUAACCACACAUGUGCAUGGUACAUUCGGAUAUUUGGAUCCAGAAUAUUUUCAAUCAAGUCAAUUUACAGAAAAAAGUGACGUUUAUAGUUUCGGAGUAGUCCUUGUCGAGUUACUAACGAGUGAAAAGCCAAUUUCUUUUGAAAGGGCACAAGAAGGUAGAAGUUUAGCCACACAUUUUAUUCUUUCGAUGGAAGAGAACCAACUCUUUGACAUUGUUGAUGCUCGAGUUACAAAGCAGGCUAAAGAUGGAGAAGUAGUAAUGGUUGCUACACUAGCCUAUAGAUGCUUGAGCUUGAGUGGAAGGAAGAGGCCGACAAUGAAAGAAGCUGCUAUGGAGUUGGAGCGGAUUCUGUCAUUGCAAAAGGAUUCAAAUGUUCAACACGAUCAGGAAGAAAUUGAUUGCGUUAAAAUUGAUGUAACUUAUCCUUGGGAUGGCGCUUCUACUUCAACAGGUUCAGUUUGUGACUCUGCAAAUGCUUUUUCCAGAGAAUCGGAGCCACUUAUUUCUAGCAAAACAAAGUGAUUUUAGUAUGGGUAAUGUUAUAACCUGCAUUUACCUAUUGUGUGUUUGAAUUACUUUGUUCUUUUCUCCAUUGGUCUGAAUUUCUUCUAUAUUGAAGCUAAGUUUCUCCA